AUAAUUCGACCGUUGGGAAAAUAUUCAAAAUAAUCAAUUGGCACUGUGUGAAAAUGAGUUCUCUCUCCCCCUUUACCCGCUAACCCUUUUGCAGAAUCCAAAGCAAUGGAGAACAAAAGAAUGGUGACGAAUGAAGAACAGAGGCGCAGUCCCAGAAACCAGAAGAUCCUCCCAUUAGCAGAUUACAAUGGCCAAAACUUGGCAACCCUUUUCAGCCCAAGGUUCAAAUCUGCGGCUGCUAUGGCUGGUUGGGAUGAAGAGGCACUGUUGUUGGCCAGCCUCUUCGUUGAAGACACGCCGGAUAGAGAUCCCAAGCACAAGAAGCGCUACGUUUGGCACUCCAAAACCCCACCAAACUCAUCAAGGAAACGUAGAGCUCUGAGGAGUCCACAAGCACCAAUCCCUGUAGUUCUUGAUCUUGAUGCAGAAGAAACUCCCAGAAAAGAUAGUGGGAGAAAGAAUAAAGAAAUGAAAGUUUGUGUUGAUAAUGAGGGAAAGAAAGCUUGUGUUGAGAAUGAGGGAAGCAGAGUGGGAGGAGAUGGGAAUGAAUCAAAAGAGAAGAACUCGGCUGACGCUUCUUCUAGUUCUGUUCUUCCCUGCAUUGAUAAACUAAGGGAUGAGCUUUCCUGUGCUAUUUGUUUGGAGAUAUGCUUUGAGCCAAGUACCACUCCUUGUGGUCACAGCUUCUGUAGAAAAUGUCUAAGAUCUGCUGCAGACAAGUGUGGCAAAAAGUGCCCAAAAUGCAGGCAGCUAAUAAGCAAUGGCCGACCAUGCACUGUGAACACAGUUCUCUGGAACACAAUCCAGCUUCUGUUUCCACAAGAAGUUGAAGCAAGAAAAGAAGCCAGUGCCUUGAAUAGUCUCCAACAAGCUCAAAAUCUGAGUCCAGAAUCAGCAUUUUUUGCUAAUCUAAGGAAUGACAGACGACAGCCUUUUAGGGGGGCAUCAACAACAACAUCAUCAACACAGCAGGAUGAGGAUGCUGCAUUGGCUAGAAUGUUGCAGAGACAAAUUGAUGAACAAAGAAGCCCGGGAACAACUCGAACUCGGUUUGCAAGAUUGAGGGCAAGAAGAGGAGGGGUUUCUACUAGCCAACAUGAGGAUGCAGCUUUGGCUCUAAGGAUGAGGAGAGAAGAGUUCAUGCAAACUUAUAGAGGGAGCAGCCAGUCUAGCAGGCUACCCUCAUCAUUAUUAGCUAGAGAAAAAUUGAGGGCUAUGGUAUCUAGAGCCAUGAACAGAAGAGAAGAUCUUAGACAAGGGUGAAUGUUGUUAACAACUAAACUUUUUUUUUCUGAAUGUCAUUUUAUGGUUAUAUUCGUGUCUCAUAAUUUGUGAGGUGUGCAUUGUUUUGAUUUUCAAGGUACAAAUUGAAUUAUUCAAAACUGAACUGGCAUUCUGAAUUAUGAUGUUUCUACUAAGCUAUUCUUUAAUCUUAGUUUA